UCGGCCUCGACCCCGCUCGUCUAACCAGUGCGGUCCGCUUGGGCACGGUGGGCGCGGACGCGGGCAGGCAGAUGCAGGGCGCUGUGGCCGAGCCCGCCCUCGCCCCGGUUACGCGGCAGGUCAGCGGCAGCGCCGCCCCAGCCGCAGUCCCGAGCGGCCCCGAGCGCGGGCAGCCCCUGGCCGCAGCGGUAGCCGAGCUGCCCGUGCUGGACGCCUCCGGGAGGCAGGUGCCGUUCGGCGCGCUGUUUCGGGAGCGUCGGGCCGUCGUAGUCUUCGUGCGGCAUUUCCUGUGUUACAUUUGCAAGGAAUACGUAGAAGAUCUGGCCAAAAUCCCCAAGAGUUUUUUACAAGAAGCAGAUGUCACCCUAAUAGUGAUUGGACAGUCAUCCUACCAUCAUAUCGAGCCUUUCUGCAAACUGACUGGGUAUUCUCAUGAAAUCUAUGUUGAUCCUGAGAGAGAAAUUUAUAAAAAAUUGGGAAUGAAAAGAGGUGAAGAAAUUGCCGCCUCAGGAAAGAGCCCCCAUAUAAAAUCAAAUAUACUCUCAGGAAGCAUUCGGAGCCUGUGGAGGGCAGUGACUGGCCCUCUUUUUGAUUUUCAAGGAGACCCUGCUCAGCAAGGCGGAACCCUCAUCUUAGGUCCAGGUAACAACAUCCAUUUUAUACACCGUGAUAAAAAUAGGUUGGAUCACAAACCCAUCAACUCUGUUUUACAGCUUGUAGGAGUUCAGCACGUGGACUUUACAAGCAGACCUUCAGUUAUCCAUGUGUAAUGGCAUAGACUGUUGUCACUUUCAAAUGGACCCUUGGGAUAGGACCUGAAAUGUUCAGAGUCGGGUAUCCUUGUGCAGUGUCUAACUUGUUGGCGUGUCCCAGCCUUUGACGAGUUAUGAAAACAUGAAGAGACCAUGUACCAGUCAUUGCAUGCUGGGAGGCAUUAGUUGUCAAAAAUAUGAUCUAUAUUUAUAAUUCUAUAGCUUUUAAAAUUUUAUGUGAAAUACAAUUUUAUUUAUAUAAAACUUUAAAAGCUAUAAAAUUAGAA